UCUAACAUAGGUGUGAGUGUAAGUGUUUGCACCAUCUUGCCGUCAGCCAUCUCACAGUCACCAGGAGUGGAAGGGAGGUGUUAGAUUGACUUGGUGUAGACAAGGAGGGUUUGGCUCAGUGAGAUGCUGUCCGCUUGUGAUACUGGAAGCCUGGAUCUGUCUGGUCGCUGACUUAGGUGUCCUGCGAUAUCACAGAGAUGACGGAGGAAGCCUGGAGACUCCUGAUAUAUGUUACUAUGUUGGUUACAUGUCCUAUAAAGGCUGCGGUGGACUCUGGUGAUGUCAUCGCUAGGGAUGAGCAGAUUUUACCAGCUCCUUCUUUGAAUACCAUAGGUGGACGCUGAUGAUGUCAUCACCAGGGAGGAACAGAUAUAUCUUCUGUCUCGGGCAAAACGUCUCUGCCAGACAAGUAUGACAACGCAGGCCACUGGAGCAAUACGUAACACAUCUAAGGGGCUGAGUUGUCCUCCUGAGUGGGACGGUAUAAUAUGCUGGCCCCGUGGAUCCCCCAACGAGCUUGUUUCCGUUUCUUGCCCUGAACAUAUCUAUGAUUUCAACCAUCAAGGAUUUGCCUACCGGAAAUGCGGGCAGUCUGGGACUUGGAUUCAGGUGCCAGGGCUUAACAGAACCUGGGCAAACUACAGCGAGUGCCUUACAUGGGUCGGCUCAGGACACAGAGCAAAAGAGAAGGAGCUGUUUGAGCGACUGCGGUUGAUUUACACCAUAGGUUACUCCAUCUCUCUGGCUGCUUUGUUAUUGGCCCUUUGCAUUCUCUGCUAUUUUAAGCGCCUCCAUUGCACCCGGAAUUACAUUCACAUCCACCUUUUUGCAUCAUUCAUAUGCCGAGCAGGGAGCAUAUUUCUGAAAGAUGCCAUUUUGUAUUCAGGGGAGAAUGAAGGGGCAGCCUUGGAUGAGAAGAUAGAGUUUGGCCUGUCAAAGAGAACAGGGCUCCAGUGGGCAGGCUGCAAAGUGACUGUUACACUAUUCCUUUAUUUCCUGGCCACUAAUCACUACUGGAUCCUGGUGGAAGGACUUUAUUUGCACAGUCUGAUCUUCAUGGCGUUCCUGUCUGACCGUAACUACUUCUGGGCGCUGAUUAUCAUUGGGUGGGGCUUGCCGGCUGUGUUUGUAUCAGUGUGGGCGAGUGUCCGGGUGUCUCUCGCAGAUACACAGUGCUGGGAUCUGAGUGCUGGACACAUGAAGUGGAUUUAUCAGACUCCCAUUUUGGCAGCAACUCUGGUAAACUUCAUCCUGUUUCUCAACAUAGUCAGAGUUCUGGCCUCCAAGUUGUGGGAAACCAAUAACAGAAAGCAAGACCCAUGUCAGCAGUAUGGGAAGCUCUUAAAGUCUACGUUGGUUCUCAUGCCUCUCUUCGGAGUACAUUAUGUGCUGUUCAUGGCGAUUCCUUACACAGAGGUGACUGGGCUGCUGUGGCAAAUACAAAUGCACUAUGAGAUGUUCUUCAAUUCUUCCCAGGGAUUUUUUGUUGCUAUUAUCUACUGCUUCUGCAAUGGAGAGGUGCAAGCUGAGGCCCGUAAAUUUUGGUUCCGCAGAAAUCUAGCAGUCGAUCUCAAGCAGAAGUCUCGUAUGACCAGCACCGGAGGCAGUUGCCAUUAUGGAGGAGUCUUGACCCAUACAACCAACAGUGUGUGUCUGAGUAUGGUGGCCAGGGGCAAACAGAUGGCAUCACUCCAGUCCUCAGCUCACCUCCCUGGGUACAUUUCCAGCACAGUCACUUCUAACAGCACCACACAGCAACUGGGCAAUGUCAUCUAGGGACAAGGGUGCUAAUUUGUCAUUUUAUAGGACAUAUUCAUUUCUCCAACCAUAAAUAAUGUACACAGGUCACUUUAUUAUAAGUAAUAUGAACUUUUAAAAUGAUCAUAAACCAGAACAUGAUAUGACUGAUAGGCCCAUGAUCUACGUGCAUCAAUAUCAUAUUAUUAAAAAAAAAACCAAACCAUACGGAUGCUUGUAGGAGGCAAGCUUUGCUUAUUGAACAAACCAGCUGCUUGCAUUUGUCUUCAAUAAAAUAAAGAUUAAAGUAGAGACAGCAUUUAAUCAAGUCAUCUAUUAUUAAUACUUCCUUUUGGGAUUCUGCAAUUUGCACAGCAAAGCAAGGAAAAGAAUUGUGAUACAGCAUUAAAGAGAUUGCCGUUUCAUCCCAG